UGACUGUGUAGUAUUGUGAAGAACGUUGCUGAAAGAAGGUGACCUAGAGCAUCAAACAUAAAAAAUCUCUUAGAUGUAUAGUGAAGAACUAUUUCGUUCAACAUAAUUUACAUUGCAGAAGUAAACUCAAUAUUGGAGGAGUAGAUUUUCAUAGUCAAUUGUGGAUGAAACAAAGUGAAUGUGCCUUCUACAUGGAAUUUUUGAGUAGCUGAAAAACGUUCUUCGAUUUACUGUCAGUUUUCUGGAAUCUUUCGAAACGCGCAUGUUCUGUGAGAACGAAAAUACACGUAUUUACAAUUCCAUUGACCGAUGAUUUGUUGAAAAAUGAGCAUUAAAACUGACAUAAACUCGUUUAAUGAUGUCAACUACAAAACAGAUUCAAAAGAAAACCAUGCUAAACAAUAUGAUCCCAUCAACGGAUACGUAACAAGCAUAAACGAAACUGGCACACAGCAGUUUCCAAAGACGUCAGAAGCUAUACAAGAAAAAGAUAAUCUGAAUGAAAGUGGCGAUGAAAGUCUUGGCGCAAAACAAAUCAAAUCGGUUGUAGUGAAUUUCAAUUCUGGUACUAUGGCUAAAAGCACAAUUCAAAAUCAAUAUGUCAGCAACACUUCACCUCAUGUGCAAACGUGGAACGAUCGUAGCGGUCACAUAAAAAUCAAAAUCAUUCUAUUAUCACUUGUAAUAUUGACGAUAGGUUUUACAGUCGGAUAUAUUGUUUCCGGUAUAGUGAUUUGCAAAGACAACCAACAAGCUUCUCGUAGUAAUAAUAAUAUUUGUUUAACAGAAGAAUGCGUUAGAACAGCAUCUUCUCUAUUGGCAGCAAUGGACCGUACUGUGGAUCCUUGUAAGGAUUUUUUUCAAUUUGCCUGUGGUACGUGGAAUAAGAAACAUGUGAUACCAGAGGAUAGAAGUUCCAUAAGCACAUUUGAGGUUCUUGCUGAUCAGCAACAAGUUAUACUUAAAGGAGUUCUGGAGGAAUCAGUGGACGUGAAUGAUAAUCAAGCGACAUUAAAAGCUAAAAUGUUCUAUAAAAGUUGUAUGGAUCUACAGCAAAUUCGAAAAAUAGGUAUAAAUCCCAUACGAAAUGUUUUAAAAUCUCUUGGAGGAUGGCCCGUUAUCGAGCAAAACUGGGUGCUCCCAAAUACUAGUAUUGAACAUCUCAUAGGAACUUUACGAGGAGUGUAUAGCGAACCGGUGCUAGUUGAGCUAUACGUUGGCGCUGACGACAAAAAUUCAUCCAAAAAUAUUCUCCAGAUCGACCAAUUAGUUCUGGCUCUGCCAUCGCGGGAUUAUUAUUUAAAACAGAGUAGUGAAGGGGAUUUGAAGGCUUAUCAUCAUUAUAUGACUCAAAUAGCGAUUCUCCUUGGAGGAGAUCCAACAAUUGCAUCCAAAGAACUGAUGGAAGUAAUUAAUUUUGAAGUGCGAUUAGCAAACGCUUCUCUUCCAGAAGCGGAUAGACAUGAUACUAGCGCAAUUUACAAAAAAAUAACUUUGCAGCAGCUACAGAAGCAAGUUCCACAAAUUAAUUGGAAAGAAUAUUUACAAACCACAUUAGGUAGCGUAAAACUUGAAGAAAAUGAGGCCAUCGUUAGUUAUGCUAUGCCGUAUUUGAUAGAAAUGGGUCGUAUCCUGAAUAUGACUGACAAACGCAUCAUUCAUAAUUAUGCCAUUUGGCGAUUUGUAAUGUCGAUUAUGACGCAUAUGAUCGAUGACUAUCAAAAGGAGCGAGUUGAAUUUAGAAAAAUUUUACUGGGGAUCCAAUCUGAACGUCAUAGAUGGUCUCAAUGCGUUGAAUGGACAAACAAGAAAUUAGGAAUGGCUGUUGGUGCUUUAUUUAUACGAGAUAAUUUUAAUCAAGAGAGUAAAGAAACUGCACUGGAGAUGAUACAUACCAUAAGAGAGGCAUUCAAUGAGCUCUUGGCAGAUAUCCAUUGGAUGGAUGAUGAAACGAGAGCCGUAGCUAAAGAAAAAGCUGAUGCGAUGAACGAACGCAUUGGUUAUCCUGAAAUCUUGACGAAUCCAGAAGAGUUGGAGAAGGAGUAUAUAAAUCUUACUAUAUUCAAGGACCAUUUCAUCAAUAAUAUUUUGAAUAUUCUUAAAUGGGAUGCUGAACGAAAUUUGCAAUUGCUAAGAAAACCUGUUGAUAAGGACAAAUGGGCUACUGAGCCCGCAGUAGUUAAUGCAUUUUACAAUCCCAACAAAAAUGACAUAGUUUUUCCAGCAGGAAUUCUUCAACCUUUGUUUUACAGUCAACAUUUUCCAAAAUCGUUGAAUUAUGGUGGUAUCGGCGUUGUAAUAGGACAUGAAAUCACGCACGGGUUUGACGAUAAAGGACGGCAGUUUGAUAAAGAUGGUAAUAUGAUGCAAUGGUGGAAUAAUGCAACCAUCAAAGCUUUCAGAGAACGAGCUCAAUGCAUUAUUGAUCAAUAUUCACGAUACAAGAUCAACGAAGUAAACUUAUUCAUGAAUGGUAGGAUGACACAGGGAGAAAACAUUGCUGAUAACGGAGGACUCAAACAGUCAUUUCGGGCCUAUCGAAAAUGGGUUGACUUCCAUGGACCAGAGCUGGACCUUCCCGGUAUGAAUAUGUCCCAUGAUCAACUAUUCUUCCUCAAUUAUGCUCAAAUAUGGUGUGGAUCCAUGAGACCUGAAGAUGCUUUGACGAAGAUACGAUCAUCAGUACAUUCCCCAGGCAUUAUACGAGUAAUUGGACCACUAUCAAACUCGAAGGAUUUCGCUGAAGCCUAUAAUUGUCCUUACGGUUCUCCAAUGAAUCCAUUGAAUAAAUGUAGUGUUUGGUAAAUUUUAUACCCAUAGUUUCGAAAGUAAAAUCUGCUAUCAGAAAGAUGAUAAAGCAACAUGAAGGCAUCAAUUACAAUGAUUUAGAAUAUUCAUUUUCGAAAAUUGCUGGAAUUUUAGUUUAUGAAGCUUAAAAUACUUCCAUUAAAUGAACAGUCGGUAUACACAAUGUUGAUAAUUAUUCCAUAUAUUUUAAAACGUUUUUUUUGCGGAUUUAUUACUGUCAUAUAUGAUUUUUUUUUCUCUCAAUAAAUAACUUCUAUAAUAUUAUUCUGAUGAUAUGAUCACUCAGAAUUUUGGAGUACAUGGACAACUAGACAGAUGCGUGAAACGACAGCGAUCUAUUCCAAACUUAUUAAAUCCUGCAGCAGUUUGCGGUACUAAAUAAUCGCAGCGAUGAACGCAAACCUAUUCAGCAAGAGUACGAUGAUGGUGACAUAUUCGAAUUCCGUAUAAUCGAGGAUCUUUUUGGGUUGGAAUACUUUGACCUAAUUUGCAGACUAUAAACCAGAACUAUGAAACCAGAAUU